GAGACAAAGAAGAAGCUGAAGCUUUUCAGGCCGCACACGGCGCAACCACGAGCACGUCGUUGUCGUCAUCCUUCUCCUCCUCAGCCUGUGGACGAAUAAGAAAGAAUGAGGAUUGAUGGAGCAUGGCGGAAUCUGGCGAGGGCUCUGAGCCGUUUAGAAUCCGCCGCUCCAAUUUCGCGACACAGAUACUGCAACCCUCAUUGUCCUAUUCUUCAUUCACCGGUUUCCAGAUGUUUUCGCUCUUACUCUGAAGAAGUGCAGCAACAUCAGCUAUCGCCCGACCUCGUUAGAAUCAUGGAACAAAGGUUGUCGGCUAUAGAACAUAGGAACGAUUCUCUAAAAAAUCUCAUCAACCAGCCAGAAGCGUCACCGGCAGAAUAUGCGAGGGCCAAUAAGGAGCUGCGGAAGCUCAGUGGUUGUAUGGACCUUAUAACUCACUUGAGGACCAAACAGAAGGAAAUUGAUGGUUUGAAGUCAAUGAUGGCUGAAUGUCCAGAAGACAAAGACAUGCUCGAUAUGGUCACAGAGGAAUUACGUCAGGCUAUUGACGAAGAGAAAAGGCUGCAGAGCUUGCUGCUCAGGUCUUUGCUUCCAAAGGAUGAUGCUGAUGAGAGGGACUCUAUCUUGGAGGUGAGAGCAGGAACUGGAGGGGAAGAAGCUUCUUUGUUUGCAAUGGACAUAUUUAAAAUGUACGAGAGAUACUCAUAUAAGAAAGGUUGGAAAUUUGAGGUUGUAGAUAUAACAGAGUCUGAUCUUAGAGGAUACAAGGAAGCUAGUGCGGCAAUCUCGGGAUCUGGUGUUUAUGGGAAACUUAAAUUUGAGAAGGGGAUUCACAGAGUUCAGCGAGUCCCAGUGACAGAGAAGUCUGGACGUGUCCACACCAGUGCUGUUUCUGUUGCUAUCCUUCCUCAGGCUGAUGAGGUAGAUGUCCAGUUGAGGAAUGAAGAAUUGAGAAUUGAUACCUAUAGGUCUGGUGGUUCUGGAGGGCAGCAUGCUAAUACCACCAACAGUGCUGUCAGAAUAACUCAUAUUCCAACGGGGAUGACAGUGGCCAUACAAGAUGAGCGAUCUCAGCAUAUGAACAAAGCCAAAGCGCUUAAGGUGCUGUGUGCAAAGCUAUAUGAAAUUGAAAGGUCCAGAAUUCAGAUCAGUCGAUCGAAACUUCGAUCAGAGCAGAUUGGUAGUGGAGACAGAUCCGAACGCAUCCGUACCUAUAAUUUUCCUCAAGGUCGCGUCACUGAUCAUCGUGUUGGCAUCACGCAUCAUGCAAUAGAUGAUGUGAUGCAGGGAGAAAACCUGGAUAUCUUCAUUGAUGCUCUUCUUUUGCGUCAGGAAAUGGAUGCAGUUGCAUCUUUUAGUUCUUCCCAGUGAUACCAUUUUAUUGGUGGUAGUCCAAGGUGGGCAUGUAUGACUUUUUAAUUGUACGGAUUCAACUGAAAUUACUUUUUCUUGUCUCUUUUUCCCCUCCCCCAUUUCUUGACGCACUGAGAGAGGGAGAGUUUCAUAUUUUCUCUUAGAGGAUGAUUAUGUUGUCUUUUCACAUGUCCUCAAACAUGAUUUAUACAAGGUCUAGACGGUAUCUGGUCAAUUUUAUUAAAAAA